AUGAAUUCAUUUAUAAUUAAUUUCUCAAAUAUUCAUUGUGAGAAAUGUGAAUUAGCAAUUAGAAGAGUACUUGGUUAUUCCUUUCAUGUAGUUGAAAACAACGAGUCAACCAGCCAAUCAGAACAAGCAAAUCAAUUAAACAACAAAGAAAUCAUCUUCAAUCUCAACGGCAACGAAGUCAAGUUAAUUGGCAAUAACAAGCUCAAUUUCCAAUCAUAUUCCAAACUGUUGCUAAAACAAUUUGAAAAAGCUGGCUUUAAUAUAUUAUCAUGGGAAAUCCUCAAAGGAGAUGAAAUUAUUCUGAAUUCUCAAGUAAUUGAAAUGGAUAUAACUGAACAGCAGAAUGAACAUGAUGGAUUUUUUGAUAUUGUGGGAUUAUUCCAAAAAUUUUCAACCUCCAAAUCCGAAAAGAAUCAUUUAAAAUAUUGUCAAGUUUGUCAAGCGAAAUCAGGAAAGAAAGUCAUCGAAGAAUCUUCCAUUACCAAUUCAAGCGAAGAAACAAUUGUCGAAAUCCCUCAUGAAGAAUUCAGAGCAUCUUUCUUGGUAAGUGGAAUGACAUGUUCUUCAUGUUCCCAAAGUGUCAAUGAGGCAUUGAAAGCAGUAUUAGGCGACAACGGCUCUCCUAGUACCGACGAGCCUAAUUUUUCAGUAGAUUUAAUCCAACAAUCAAUAGUUGCAAUUAUUCCUAACAAACAAUUAAUCAACAAAAUUAUUGAUACAGUCGGUGACUUGGGAUUUGAAUGUAAAUUAAUCGAAGUCCUUCCGGUUCACAGAUCUAUCAAUACCAGAGUUACAGCAAUCAUAGGAGGAAUCACUUGUGCUGCAUGUGCAAACUCUAUCCAAUCCGCCGUUAAUGAGCUUCCAUUUGUAUUAGAGUGUGGGGUUAAUGUUGUGACCAAAACUGCACAAUUUGUUCUUGAAGAUACCGCCGAAGAUCUGAGUCAUUUAGAUCAAUUAAAAGAAAUGAUUGAGAAUUGUGGAUUUGAUUUUACUAUUUUAAAGAAUGAAAAGAUUAAUUAUACUUCUCGGAAAAAGAAACCAAGAUCAAUUAAUAUUAAAGUGAAUGGAAUGUUUUGUAAUCAUUGUCCUGAUGUAAUUACUGAAUAUUUAUCAAAUUAUGGAGAGGCGGUUGUUAUUGAAGAUCCAAUAUCUUUAAAUGAUCCAUAUAUAAAAUUCACGUAUGUUUCAAGUAAGGAAAUUACCAUUAGAAAGUUCUUGUACGACUUGAAUCACAUUAGAUCUACCGAUACUGGAGGGUAUAUUAUUGACGAAGAUGCCGAAGGUCCAUUUACUUGUGAAUUAGUUAAACCGAUGACAACCGAUGAACAUUUGCAGAGAUUAGCGAGACGUGAAGUUAUAAGUAUAGCUGCUAGGUUAAUCCUCGCUACCCUUCUCGUGAUCCCAACUUUUGUCUUUGGUAUUGUUGCUAUGUCCCUACUCCCCAAAUCUCAUCCAUUUAGAAUAUGGGUAGAAGAACCAUUAUGGGUCGGAAAUGUGUCUAGAAACAGUUGGAUUUUAUUCAUUUUAGCUACUCCGGUUUAUUUCUUUGCUGCUGAUACAUUUCAUAGAAAGGCCAUUAAAGAAAUCAAAUCAUUAUGGAUGCAUAAGAAUUCAUUCAAGACUAGAUUAUUUAAAUUUGGAUCAAUGAAUCUUUUGAUGUCAUUAGGUACUAGUGUUGCAUAUUUUGCAAGUAUUGUAUUGAUCGGAUUGAGUGCAAAACAAGCUCCAAUGACUCAUCAUGGGUUUCAUACUACAUAUUUUGAUUCUGUUGUGUUUUUGACAUUCUUUUUAUUGAUUGGGAAAUUAUUACAAAGUUAUUCCAAGAUUAAAACCGCAGAUUCAAUUUCACAAUUAUCUAAUUUAAAACCCAAUCAAGCAACUUUAUUGACCAAAGAUUACAAUAGCAAGUAUCAUAGUGAUGAAAAAGUAGAUCUUGAUUUAUUAGAAGUUGGAGACUACAUCAGAAUAGCCACCGGUGAAUCACCUCCUGUUGAUUGUACAAUAAUAGAAGGCACUUCAGACUUUGACGAAUCUGCCCUAACUGGUGAAUCAACCCCUGUCAAACAUAUCCCCGGUCAUCAAAUAUUUUCAGGCACAGUUAAUAUCGGAAACAACUCAAUCAUUGCUCGGGUCAUUAGCUUAGAAAGUGACUCCUUACUCAAUCAAAUAGUAAACACCGUCAGGGAUGGACAAUUGAGAAAAGCACCCAUGGAACGAACAGCCGACCUAAUCACUGGUUAUUUCGUCCCCGUUAUUGUCUUCUUAGCUAUCAUUACCUGGUUAAUCUGGUUAAUACUCGGUGUUUCCGGCGCAUUGCCUGAGAGUUACUUAGAUAUCGAUAUUGGAGGCUGGCCAGUCUGGUCAUUAGAAUUCGCUAUUGCGGUGUUUGUGGUUGCAUGUCCCUGUGGAAUCGGAUUGGCGGCACCAACUGCAUUGUUUGUUGGGUCGGGGUUGGCGGCAAGGUUUGGGAUAUUGGCAAAAGGUGGUGGUAGUGCUUUUCAAGAUGGGGCCAAUACUGAUACUGUUUGUUUUGAUAAAACGGGGACUUUGACAAAGGGGGAAUUAGUCGUGACUGAUUAUUCGUUUGUCAACGGUGGUGGUGCUGAUGGGGGGUUGGUGAGUAAGACCAUUGGACUUCAGGUUAUGAGGGAUUUGGAAGUUUCUUCGAAUCACCCUUUGGCUAAGGCGAUUAAAUCAUUUGCUGAUUAUGUUCGUAAGAAAGACAGUGUGGUGAUCACUGGUAAUAAGGUUCCGAAUGUUGAAACUAUUCCUGGAAAAGGAUUAAAAGGGAAGAUCGUAUAUGAAGAAAAUGAUGAAUCAAGUAUUUGGAAUGAAUAUUCACCAACUGAAGCGAUUCUUGGAAAUGAAAAAUUACUUGAAGACUACAAGGUGGGAAUAUCACAACAACAAACAUCCCUUUUGACCAAAUGGAAAUCAGAAUGUAAAUCAAUUGUCCUAAUUGCCAUCCAAUGUCAAAAACUAUUUAACAAUGCUGAAUUCCACCUAGUCCUAAUGGUUGCAGCUCGUGAUGAAAUCAGACCAGAAACCAAACAAGUAAUCCAAUUCCUCCAAAGAAAACAAAUCGAUUGCUGGAUGAUAACCGGUGACAACUCAGUCACCGCCCAAGCCAUUGCCGAUGAAAUCGGCAUCAAGAAUGUCGUAAGUGAAGUCCUUCCCGAUGAAAAAGAAUCACAAAUCAAAAGAAUCAGACAACUUAAACCAAAUGCCGUGAUUGCCAUGGUUGGAGAUGGGAUUAAUGAUGCACCAGCAUUAGCUAGUGCUGAUGUUGGUGUUGCUCUUUCUUCUGGGGCUGAUUUGGCUGUGACUUCGAGUGAUUUCAUAUUGUUGAAUAAAUCUCAUCCAUUGAUUUCUUUGGUGACAUUGUUUGAUCUUGCUAGGGUUGUGUUUAGACGGGUUAAGUUUAAUUUUGGGUGGAGUUUGGUUUAUAAUAUGAUUGGGCUUCCCAUUGCUGCUGGUGUUAUUUUCCCAUAUAAGAAUUCAAGAUUGGAUCCGGUAUGGGCAAGUGCUGCAAUGGCACUUUCUUCAAUUAGUGUUGUUUUGAGUAGUUUGGCGUUGAAGUUGUACAAACCCAAAUUCAGCGCCAAAGACUUCCAAUUGAAUGAUUCUGAAGUUAUUGAACCAAAGGAGGAAUUUAUCUAA